CGCCGAGGGGAUAUACGCGUCUAGCGAUCACCCCCUUCGGUCUACCGAGGACACCAACUCGGUGAGCUAUAUCUACAGCGACAAAACGGAUAGUUCUCGAAGGGACUCCCAGUCGAGCGGUGGAGGAAGCAGUGGUUCCGUGCUACCGAACGGCCACAUUUACGUGCCCGACUCCCACGUGUCAUCAUCCCAGAGCUACUCAUCGCAAAGCAGCACAUUGGAUGGAGCUACCACGUCGACUGGCCGAGGGAGUGGCAGUAGCGUGUCUUCCCACAUGCAUACGGACACCCACCGGCGAUCUGCGGGAAACCUCCGUGGGGGAUAAGAAUCUGCCGCCCUAUAUUUGGACGUGCCCGGUUGGCUGAACAGCCGGGUGAUGGCGGCAUGCGGUGCGACGUAUGUCCAAGGGGGGGGGAGCGGGGCCAAUAGAUCACGGCCAGCUCAGUCAAAGUCAGUUACCAUCGUACGAAUUCCCUUGAUGCAACGAAAUUCCUACUGCCAGAAACAAGGCGAACAUCUGGCAGCUUGUCUCUCUAGCUUUCUUUGUUUUGUUUUUGCUCUUCUUUUUCGUCCCCCCGAGCGACCGGAGGGGAGAGUCUUCAACCUUGGGGAGAGCCGGCUCUCUUUCUCUCCCUUUUUCUCUCUCUAUUCCCGACUCUUUAAUAUCUCGUCACCUCGUUUUCUUCUUACCUACCUACUACAUACCUACCUAGACUUCCUCCUCCGCUCAUCCACUCCCCCCAUCCGACCAUGCGUAUCAUUUCCAUCUUGCAUGCGUCGGGUGUUCCUUGCGGUGGAUGAACGCCUCGAUGAACGCCUCCUUUUACUCGACUGUCCCGGAAAACUAGCUCUAGCAAUGCGACCCGCCACAUCUCCAACCCUAAUUCGAACUCGCGCGAGUUAUCUCUGGCUUGACUCUGCCCUCAUGUUCCGGAAUUCCGGAUGUUGGUUAAUGCUCCUAGUGGGUAGAGAGCAGAUCAUGGAGGCAGCGCCCUUUUUCGAUGUAUGGCGCUUCGUGUUGCCGGCUGGUGGGUUGCGCGAGGACGUAUGCCCACGGGUGUGCAGCCACUUAAGCAUCUUCCUCGGCGCCCUUCCACAUAUGCAUGGCGGCUCGGCUACAUCCCCCGUCGAUCCAUUGCCGCCCUCCCUCGCCAAUCCGCAUCCGUGUGGCGAACCAAUGAUUGUAACCCCUCCGGUUUUAAUUUGCGCGGUCCUUCCCCCCCCCUGAGAAGCUUAUUUUGAUGAGAACGUCGGGAAGGCGGGAGGAGUUUCAUCAUCAUUUUGUACACGGUACUGGUUCUUGGUGUUUGUUUUCCGCGUAUGUGUGCAUGAGUGUGCGUUUUGUAUCUUCCACUGGUCUAUCGUGUCUGUCUUCCGUCUUUUUUUCUGAUUU